AUGAGUGUAGAGAAAGAACCGGAGAGAGUGACUGGUAAAAUACUAGUGAGAGAACUAGUAGUUGGUGAUGAACAGGCGCCCAAAGCAAAUGAGGUAGUUGAGAAGGAAAAACCAUAUGUACCUCCUCCUCCUUAUAAGUUGCUCAUUCAUUACCCUCAUAGACUUUCUAAGUCUAAGACUGAUGAAAUUUUAUCUAACAAAAGGAAACUCGAUGAUGACAGUACAAUGGAACUCACUGAAGAGUGCAGCACCAUAAUACAUAAUAAGAUUCCACCCAAACUGAAGGAUCCAAUGAGCUUUUUAAUUCUCUGUGUUAUAGGUGAUUUGAAACCCACCCAAAUGUCCCUUCAGUUGGCUCAUCGAUCCAUCAAGUACCUAGUAGGGAUACUGGAAGAUAUUCUAGUAAGAAUUGACCAGUUGUACAUUCCUAUAGACUUUGUUGUGAUGGACAUAAAUGAAAACUCCAAUAUCCCAAUCUUUUUAGGUAGACCCUUCUUAGCCACAACUGGUGUUAUAGUACAUGUCAAGAGAGGGAAACUUACUUUCGAGGUUGGUGAGGAGAAUAUUGAGUUUAUACUAUCCUAUUUUAUGAAAGCCCCUGCUAUUAAUGAUACAUGUUGUUUUGUGGACAUCAUUGACGAGUGUUUGGAAGAGUUGUCGUUAAAGGCACUACCCGCUGAAGAGCCGGUUGCGCCUCUGACACUGGAAGUAAAGGAUCUUGAGGCACAAUCAUAUUUAGAUGAAGGCUUAGAAGAAUGA